GAUUGUUGCGAUUCGACUGAGAUGAGAGAGAUGAGCCGCAGAGAGAGCAGCUGAGUAUAUACACACCUCCAGCUGCUCGCUCAUUGGUCACGAGCAGCGGUAGUGCACUCCUCCAAUCACAGAGGGCUUCCGCUUGGUGCGGAAGUUACAGUGAGCGGAAGUUACGCGCUGGAGGCUCAGUCAUCAACAACCAGAAGGAAGAGGAAGAGGAAGAGAAGCUAAAUACAAUAAAAACCAUCGCGUCAGUUUUUACUAAAUGACUCAGAGAUGAGAUGUUUCUACGUCAUGUCGCCGCGUCGACGAUGGACGAAGUGAACGUGGUGUUUGCAGCUGUUUCGAGGACGUCUGCUGCUUCCUGCGCGACCUGCUCAUCACGACGCUCAGCUGGCUGCUUCACUUCCUGUCCGGCGUCUGCGUUUCCCUCCGCAGCACCAUGGCCGGUCUGAGCAGCUCCACUCUGGUUGAAUACUGGAACUUUGCCCUUUUCUCCUUUCUCACCGCCAGCGAGGCCGUCUGCAGCGCCGCCCACGGUGCCCUGCACGCCAUGGAGGACUGGCUGCAGAUGCUGGGAGGAGUGUUGGAGAGUUUCAAGAUGGUGGGACACCUCUUUUGUCACAUGGCGUGGCGCAUGAAGGACAUGCUGCACCGCGGGUUUGUGUUAGCGUGCUGCAUUCUACGACAGACCUGUGAGGGCAUCCUCAUUGCACUCAGCCUCAUUCUUUACUUUGUCAACACCAUGGUCAACGUCAUGCUCAUCAGCACACAGAACUGUCUGUCUGUGUUGGCGGGCGUCUGGGAGACUAUUGCGGGCCCUGUCCACAAAGUCGUGGACCUGGCGCUGACUCUGCUGACCUUCCUGUACAGCUGUCUGGUCGGUGCGUCUGUGCUGCUGUGGACGCCCUGCCAGCUGCUGCUGGACUUCCUUGAAGCGCUUGGACGUGUUUUCAUCACUGUCUUCGUGGUCGACUCACACGGGCUGCUCGCCACAGUUGCCAUUAUCUCACUGACUUUACUGGUGUUGAACCCCAGACUUCGUGUACUCGCUGGUCAGCUGAGCCUGCGUUUGGUCAAUGCUCUGCCGGGAGUUCAAGGUGUUCAGGCGACCGUGCGCAGGCUGUACGCAGUGAUGGUGGAGCCAGCUCUGGCCCAUCGGGCGGUCCACUCCAGGACAGCAGAGGACCUGAGUAGAAUGAGGCUCUUGAACACAGACGCAGGUGGUUUAACUUCAGAGGCCGACCCGCCACAAGCAAAUGUGCCGAGUCAGCCGGACACGGUGCAGCUUCUCGCUCAGCAGGACGGCCACCCGGUGAGCAGCAGCAUGGCGAGCACGUCUCAGUCGAACUCUGCUGCGGAGGACGGGGAGCUGCUCCACCUGCUGAAUGAGCAGGAGGAGAGGAAGAAGUGUGUCAUCUGUCACGACUUCAACAAGACGGUGCUGCUGCUGCCCUGCCGCCACCUCUGCCUCUGCCGUCACUGCGCCGACAUCCUGACAGAACGCCGACAUGUACAGCAGCGCUGCUGUCCGCUCUGCCGGCAGAACAUCACACAGACUUUAGACGUCUUCCUCUGACGGGUCGCCAACCUCAACGUGAACAUGAACCACAAACUGCAGCAAAUGAGAGAACAGCAGAUUUAUUGUUCAUUUCUCUCAACUUCCUGUUUGUUUUCUCCUUGAAGGUGAAUUUAAAACUUUUGUGUUUGAGACCAAAUGAGAAACUUGAAUGUGUUCAUUCUGGAUUCAUGAAACUGUGACUAACAGUUUCAACUUUUCAGAAACAGUAGAAUUCAUGUUCAGGGAUAUUUUCAUCUGUAUCGUUGUUAUUUAUCUUGAUGAGAGUUUAUCUUCAGCUGGUAGAAACCAGGACAAGAGAGUUAUUCUGAAAGUGUCAAAGUUCACAUCCGUUAAACUCACUGCUCCUUAUUCACACUGGAUUCAUUCAGAAUUAAAGAAUGAUUGUUUUUUA